CGUCAACACUUCAUCAGCUCGAUAUAUCGAAUUUAAUAAUCACUUUUUAUUUAUUACAAUAAAAUUAUUAAGCAAAUCACAUAAAAUAAAUGUACUUUUCUAUUUAGGCGAAUAUAAUUACAGCUUUGAUUGAUUUUAAACAGAAACAAAAAAAUCUUUUGUAAUACAAAGAUUUUACCAUAAUUCUUUACUAUUGUUAUUAACAUUUUUUUAUUUAUUAAUAAGCUGUCAUUUCAAGAUUUUCUUUUGUAUAUCUAAUAAUUUAGAACUCUCCAACAGAUUAUUUUCAAUUCAGAUUCAUAUCCUUUACAACGUGGAGAAGUUUAUAGUACGGUUUGUUCAGUUGCUUUGGUGUUAUGGGAACUUAUGAGAACUCAGUUUCCCUAUUUUAAACGUCAUGGACUUAACUGUAAUUUUGGCUAUUGUAUCUGGUGUAGUUAUUGUAUUUCUUUUUUCAUUUCUCUGGCAUCGUAGCAAAUCAAAAAGUGAGGCUGAUGAAGAUGAGGUGGUGCCAAGGCGAGCAGUCGACCCGAGAGCUAGAGCCAGGCUAAGAGCAGCUCAACAACGUGUAGUUGAUCAUGAAGAGGAAAAAGAUGGUCUCGAACCUGAAAAAGAAAAAAUGGGAGCGAAAAAGAGGGCUAAAUUAGAAGCAAAAGCUGAAAAAAAAGCUCACAGAGAGCUUGAAGAGAGGGAAAGGGAAGCAAAAAAGAAAAAAAAAGAGCAAGCUGAAGAAGAAAGAAAAAGAUUAGAAGAAAAGGAAAAAGAAGAAGAAAGACUUAAAGAAGAACAAGAGAAACGCGAAGAAGAAGAGAGAUUGAAGAGGGAACACGAAGAAUAUUUGAAACUCAAGUCAGCAUUCAGUGUGGAAGAAGAAGGAUACGAUGAUGUAGACAUCAGUGAAAAUGUGAACCUUCUUCAAGAAUUUAUCUCAUAUAUUGAGAAUAUGAAAGUCGUGACCUUUGAAGACUUGGGUGCAAAAUUCAAUAUGAAAUCUCAGUCUGUUAUCGAAAGGGUUCAGGGUCUGCAAAAUGAAGGCCGGUUAACUGGAGUAGUCGAUGAUAGAGGAAAAUUCAUAUACAUAACCAGGAAGGAACUGGAAUCAGUCGUUAAAUUUAUAAAGCAACGGGGCAGAGUUUCACUUACAGAACUUGUGGAAAACAGCCACCGACUUAUUAAUCUCACCCCAAACAUUGAAGUGAAAACCUAAAAUUAUACGGUUUUGUUAUGUUUUGCCGAUCACAAAUUGUAAAUACAAAUUUUGUCAUAAUAA